AUGCGUAUACUUUGCCUUCAGGGAAUGGGCACCAACAGCAAGGUGCUCGAGAUGCAGACGUCUGCGCUCCGACAUCAACUCAGCCAUUCACAAUCGCACAAAUACGAGUAUGUUGAUGGUGGGGAGCCUAUGCCGCCCGCUCCCGGAAUAGAAGCCUUCAUUGGUCGGGAUGAGAGCCUUGCGUACUACCAUCCACACUCGGCAAAGAGCAUCCUGGCAGCCAUUAACGACCUAUGGGAGUACAUUGCCGAGGAAGGUCCCUUUGAAGGUGUCUUGGGCUUCUCCCAGGGUGCAUCUCUAGCUGCCAUGAUUAUUGCUCGUGCCCGUCACUCCAACCCACCACCCUUUCAGUUCGCCAUAUUCUUCUGUGCAGGACUCCCUUACUGCGAGAAGUCUUUAUCUGCCGGCGAGGUCAAGUUUCUGAGAGCUGAAGAUACGAAAGGUCCAGUCAUCCAUGUACCAACAGCUCACAUCUUUGGCAAAAAGGAUCCUGAUGUUAGCUAUAGUAAAGCAAUGAUUGAAUUGUGCCAUCCCUGGGGAAGAGUUCUUCUGGAUCACGGAGCUGGACAUGAGAUCCCGAGAGUACCUGUUGACAUGGUGGAUGACAUGGCAAGGGCGGUAGAGAAGGUCGUUACCAAGGCAGUGAUCGUGAUCCAUGAAACAUUCGCACUUAGGGCGCAUUUUCUGAAGGGCGAAAUCGCUGCCUUCGAUGCCCCUUUCUUCUCUAUCACACCUGCUGAAGCGGGUGGCAUGGAUCCUCAGCAGCGUGGUCUGCUUGAGAACACCUAUCGUGCUCUCGAAAACGCGGGAUGUCCAAUGAACAAAGUUCUUGGAACAAACACUGGUGUUUUCAUCGGUUGUUUCACUCGUGAAUAUGAAGCCAUCAUGUUCAAGGAGACCGAGAUACAGCAGCGUUACUUUGCUACUGGUACUGGAACAACGAUGCUUGCCAAUCGACUGAGCUAUUUCUAUGACCUUCAUGGUCCUAGCAUAAGUCUUGACACAGCGUGCUCCAGCAGUCUCAACGCCUGCCACCUCGCUUGUAACAGCUUACGAUUAGGAGAGUGUGAUAUGGCAUUAGCAGCUGGCUAUAACCUGUUCUACAACCCUGACACCAUCAUCCCACUCACAGCCCUUGGCUUUCUAUCUCCCGAUGGGAGAUGUUACAGCUUUGAUGAACGAGCCAACCGAUACUCCCGUGGUGAGGGAUUUGGAAUGGUUGUGCUGAAGAGGCUGAGUGAUGCUAUCAGAGAUGGUGACUGCAUUCGUGCCAUCGUUCGAGGCUCCUCAAGCAACCAGGACGGCAACUCACCUGGUAUCACGCAACCCACUCGACAAGCACAAGUUGACUUGAUCAACGCCGCAUAUCGAUCAGCUGGUCUAUCCAAGACGCAGACACGCUUCUUUGAGGCUCACGGUACAGGGACUCCUGUGGGUGACCCCAUUGAAGCCAGUGCCAUCAGUGGCGCUUUCUUAGAGUAUUGCUCCGAGCAGGAGCCUAUGGUUGUCGGCGCAGUCAAGACAAACAUCGGCCAUCUUGAAGGCUCUGCUGGGAUUGCAGGUCUCAUCAAGGCUAUUAUGGUCCUUGAGAAAGGCAUAAUCCCUCCUAACAUGGGCUUUCAAACCCCCAACCCCAAGAUUCCUGUUCAUGAUUGGCACCUUAAGUUCCUUACCAAGCCUGAAGCUUGGCCUACCAAAGGACUUAGGCGAGCUUCAAUCAAUGCCUUUGGUUAUGGUGGAAGCAAUGCCCACAUUAUCAUCGAUGAUGCCUAUCACUAUCUCCUUGUGAACACGUCGUCCAUCAAUGGAACCAAUGGUAUCAAUGGUCAUUCUAACGGCAUUAAUGGCCACAUAAACGGUCAUCACUCUGCUUCUAGCUCUAGUGAUGAUGAGUAUAUCUUGGUUAAGCGUUUUAAAGGUCAUGCCCCUCCCAGUCGCUUAUUCUUCUUUUCCACCUUCGACGAAGCUGGAGCAGCCCGCAUGGCAAAAGCGUACAAGGAGUUCCUUGCUCCCACUAGCAAAUCAAUAGUUGCUGGAUCUGAGGAAGAACAGCGCUUCUUGAGUGACCUUUCUUACACUCUCAUCAACCACCGCACAUCCUUCCCUUGGAGGUUCUCUAUAGUCGCCGACAGCAUCGCGGCUUUGGCCGACAAAUUGGAGGCUAACCUUUCACCUGUCAGAACCACUGCGGAACCUAAGCUUGGAUUUGUCUUUACAGGACAAGGUGCGCAGUGGUACGCCAUGGGUAGAGAAUUUCUCUCUGCUUAUCCGACAUUCAGCACAUCCAUCUUUGCUGCAGACUUGUAUUUGCGAGAGCUGGGAUGCCCAUGGUCACUUGUGGCUCUCGUUGACCUCCUCGCCAGCUGGGGUAAUAAGCCUGCUGCGGUGGUUGGCCAUUCAUCGGGUGAGAUUGGUGCUGCCUAUGCUACAGGUGCCAUCUCGCAGGAGUCGGCCUGGAGGCUAGCAUUCUAUCGCGGUGCUCUGUCCUCUCGGCUGGCCAAGUCACCCGAUUAUACUAACGGAGCUAUGCUCUCAGUGGCCAUGAGCUCACCAGAUGCCAUGGCCUAUCUUGAGGAACACGUUGGCAGCGCCGCCGGUAGAGACAUCGUUGUUGCCUGUAUAAACAGUCCUCGAAAUGUGACGCUUAGCGGCAGUGCAGCAUACAUUGAUAAGAUCAAGGCUGCUGCAGACCAUGAAGGUAUCUUUGCCCGCAAGCUCAAGGUUGAUAACGGUUACCAUUCACCUCUGAUGGCCACCAUUGCCGACGAGUACAGAAGCGCAAUUGGUGACCUCAAGGCCGGAACCAACAUAUCACCAGUCCAGGGUGCUCCAGUCUUUUACUCGUCCCUGGGAGGAACAGUUAGCUCUGUCUCUGCUCUCCAGAACCCCGAUCACUGGGUUGACAACCUGGUUUCGCCUGUCCAAUUCUCUAAAGCCUUUUCGCUCAUGUGCUCUAACACUACUUCCAGCGCACCAGUCAAGAAGCUUGGGUCCUCGGCUAAAGCAACUGUCAAGCCCCCAAAGAUUACUUAUGUACUCGAGAUUGGUCCUCAUGCCGCCUUGCGCGGCCCCAUUCGUGAGACCAUGGAACUGACGCCAGAGGUGAGUGGUAUUGGAUAUGAAUCAGUGCUUUGUCGUGGUGCCUCUGCAGUUGACACUGCUUUGAGCGCCGCCAAUUGGCUAUGGUGCCGGGGUUACGAAGUGGACAUGUCUGAUGCCAGUAUAGCAAAAGACAGCUCCCUUGUGGUAAACGCACCAGGAUAUCCUUUCAACCAUUCCAACAUCUAUUGGAAUGAGAGCCGUAUUAGUAAAGGAUAUCGAUUCUGUCCUGCUAUGCGACAUGAACUAUUUGGUGCGCCGGUGCCAGAUUGGGACCCAGCCAAUGCUGUGUGGCGUAACUACAUGCGUCUUUCAGAGAAUCCUUGGGUGAAGCAUCAUCGAAUCACCGGUGCUACAAUCUAUCCCGUGGCAGGAAUGCUCGUCAUGGCCAUAGAGGCCAGUCGGCAGAUGGCAGACAUAACUCGGGUAGUCAAGGGCUUCCGCAUUCUCGACGCGCGCUUCAAUGUUGCUCUUCGCGUUCCAGCGACGCAGAAUGGUCUCGAGACGCACUUUUAUAUGCAGCCCUCAAGGGACUAUUCAGACACUGUGGCGAGGACUGUAAGAAAGUUCUCCCUUAGCAGUUAUGAGGGCGGUGAGUGGCGUGAGCACUGCCACGGCCUGGUCGUCACUGAGCUUGCGGAUGUCGAGAAGGCCUCCAAAGUUGAGACCUCAUUCCGACAGCUCUAUGAGCAUUUGUCGACCGUUGGUCUUGACUUUGGCGCUACUUUCCAAACCCUCCGCGACAUUCGCUGCAGUGACAUUGGAGAAGCUGUGGCUACAGUGGAGAGGCAAGACCUCGAGAGCCUGAUGCCUCUAGGCUAUCUUCAAGACCAUCUCAUUCAUUCCACCGUACUGGAUGGUAUACUCCAGAGUAUCAUUGUCAGUUUGACAAAAGGUGGCCGUGAGAUUGACCAAGUCAUGGUUCCCUCUGAGAUCGGCGACCUCUGGGUAUCUGCCGAUCCCUCGACAUCCAAGUUCGAUGCUGUUCGAGUCUCUUGCUCAGGUAAAUUCCUUGGCAUUAGGCAAGCUGAGGCGCGCAUCGUUGGUAUGGAUGUUGAUACUGGCAAGGCCGUUUGUACUGUUGACAACUUUGUCAUCACUACUGUGGCACGAAGCGAAGGCGCUUCCUCAUCUGACGCUGCAAGAAGACUCUGCUUUAACCUUGAUUACAAGGUAGAUCCAGUUCUUCUAGACCAAGAGACGGCAGACAAAACACUUCAGCCUGAUGCAAAAUGUGGUGCUACACCUCAACAGGCACAGUUGAUUCAGGAGGUGGAGAUGAUGUGUUUCUUGUACAUCAAGCGCUUCUGGGACAGAAUAUAUGAUGAGAACCGUGACGCCAAGUCCGUUCCAUAUCACAAGAAGUAUAUCGCCUGGAUCAAGUACCAACUGGAGAAGUAUGACGCUGGUCUUAUCCCGCAUGCCAUGCCUGAAUGGCGUGAACGAGCGGCUGAUGUACUCAUCAUCAGCCAAAUGGAGACCAAGCUACUCACAGAGGGCUCAGCUGAGGGAAAGCUGGUCGUCAAUGUUGGACGAGAACUCCCCGACAUCCUCGCUGGCAAGUCUGAUGCUCUGGAACUCCUCUUCAAAGACAAGCUGGUCGAGAACGUUUACCGUUCCGGAGUCGGGGCUGAGAUUGGCUAUGACCGCAUGGUGGCUUACAUCGAUGCUCUGGCGCAUAAGAACCCAGCUCUCCGUGUUCUCGAGGUUGGUGCCGGAACAGGUGGCGCCACAAGGCCUAUUCUCAAGUGUCUCACGACACAAGGUAAUGGUGAGAUUGGCACGCCACGGUUCAGCCACUAUGCAUUUACAGAUAUCUCGAUUGGAUUCUUUGAGAACGCUCGAGAAAUGUUCAAGGAUAGUGCUGCACGCAUGAGCUUCCGCGCUCUCAAUAUUGAGGACGACUUAGAGCAACAAGGUUUCUCGGGGCCAGCAGAACAGUACGACGUCAUCUGCGCUGCCAAUGUCAUCCAUGCAACCAAGAACCUUGAGGCGACCUUAUCCAACGCGAGGAAGUUGCUCAAGCCUGGAGGCAAACUCAUCUUGUAUGAGAUGACAAACACUGGUAUGAUACGGACCGGCUUUGCCUUUGGACUACUACCAGGUUGGUGGUUAUCGGUUGAAGACUUCCGUCAAUUCACACCACUGGCUGCUCCAAGUGACUGGUCCAGAUCGCUCAAGGCCAGUGGGUUCAGUGGUAUUGAUCUGCACAUCUAUGACUUUCCAGAUCACAGGCAUCAGAUGGUCAGUGUCCUCAUCUGCACAGCUCUUGGUAAUGGAAGUGAAGAGAAUGCACCAGCCACUUCCUACUCCUCGUCACCCAUCAAGAUCAUCACUUGCGGUGUAGGAUCCACCUCAGCCACCCAAAAGAGCCUUGCUACAGUUCUUGAGAAGCAAGCUACCAGCCUCAGCACUAGCAUUGAUGUUGUCAACCUGCACGAUGCUGUGGCAGAUCUCAAGGAUCUGCAGCAAACCCGUGGCAUCUUCCUGGGCGACAUCAAGUCCGACUUUCUGGAACAUGUUCAGGAUGAUGAUUAUGAAGCUUUCCGAAAGCUAAUUAGUUCCACCAAGACAUUACUCUGGGUUAAUCAGGGAGGUGGCCCUUCACCCAAGAACCCUGGCGCUGACAUGGUAACUGGUUUCGCUCGUUGCAUGCGUGCUGAGAACCCAGGACUAAACUUUGUCACUUUGUCCGUCGAUGACCUGGAUUCCUUGGACAAAACCAGCUCCAUCAUCUUGCAAAUCCUGAGUUCAGGAGGUGGAAAUGAGAACACCUUCUUCGAAAAGGACGGCGCUGUCUAUAUUCCACGCAUCACCGAAGCCAACACAGUCAACCAUCUGAUCGCCGCCAAGACCAAGGGCGAGUCAGCCAGGUCAGAGACAUGGCAGGAUGCUAGCAAGGACAGAGCUUUGACUCUACAGUGUGCUGUGCCUGGUCUCCUCGAUAGUCUUCAGUUCCAAGAUGAUGAGCUAUAUGAGAAGCCCCUCGGACCUUAUGAUGUCGAAGUGCGUGUUCAUGCUACUGGCCUCAACCUCCUUGAUGUCAUGAUCGCUCUCGGUAAGGUCAUCGGCGAAGCAUUUGGGCAAGAGUGCGCUGGUGUAGUGACUCGUGUCGGAACAGAUGUUGAUCGUGUCUCUGUCGGCGAUCGUGUCUGUGGUCUCCUUAGAGGAACUUUCAAGACCUUUGCACGGGGCUCUCAAUGGCAGUUCGCCAAGAUUCCCUCAAGCAUCGAUUAUGCGGUUGCAGCGGCAGUACCAGUUGUUUACACCACCGCCUACUACGGACUUCAUGAUCUCGCGCGCCUCCAAGCUGGAGAGAGCAUCCUGAUUCACUGGGGUGCUGGUGGUGUUGGGCAGGCAGCUAUCCAACUGGCCAAGGCGGUUGGAGCUGAGGUGUUCGUCACUGUGGGUUCCAUUGAGAAGCGAGACUUUUUGCAUGAGCACUACGGUAUUCCUCUGCACCAUGUACUGUCAAGUCGUGACCUGAGCUUUGUACAUGGUAUCAAGAGAUUGACCGAUGGACGUGGCGUCGAUGUCAUUCUCAAUUCUACAGCGGGACAGACGCUGCGUGCGAGCUGGGACUGUAUUGCACCAUACGGGCGAUUUAUCGAAAUUGGCAAGGUCGAUAUCUUCGCCAACGCUGGUCUUCCAAUGGGACCGUUCAAGAAGAGCGUCACAUUUUCCUUCUUUGACAUUGGUCUCAUAUCACUCGAAAGAGGUCGGCUGUUCUCUCGUGUCCUUCAAGAUGUUGUCGAUCUGCUUGCGAAAGGAUCCAUUACCCCACCCCAGCCACUGCAUGUUUACAGCUACUCGGACAUACAAGAGGCAUUCAGAAUCAUGCAAUCAGGAUCUCACAUGGGCAAGCUUGUCUUGAAGGCUCAAGAUGAUGAUCUCGUCAUGGUCGAACCCAGUCGGAAGCCAACAUAUCACUUUGAUCCCGAGGCAUCAUACCUUCUCUCGGGAGGUCUCGGCGGUCUUGGACGCAGUGCAGCACGUUGGAUGGCAUCUCGUGGAGCCAGGAAUCUCAUCCUCCUCUCUCGGUCUGGAACCACACGGCCUGCAGCUCAGGAACUCAUGGAGGAGCUCACAGACGCUGGUGUGACAGCGGCAGCGCCCCAAUGCGACGUCUCUGACCGUGCUGUUCUUGAGAGAGUUCUCAGUGAUUGCGCCAAAGCGAUGCCGCCUAUCAAGGGCUGCAUCCAAGGCUCCAUGGUACUCAAGGAUAGUAUAUUCUCUAACAUGUCUCAGGAGGACUACUACACUGCGGUACGCCCCAAGGUGGUUGCAUCACGAAACUUGCACGAGCUUCUUCCGCAGAACCUGGAUUUCUUCAUCCUCCUCUCGUCUGCUUCUGGAGUGGUAGGCAACCGAGGUCAAUCCAACUACUGUGUAGGCAACACGUACCAAGACUCCUUGGCUCGCCAUAGGGUUGCUUUGGGGCUUCCAGGUGUAGCAGUCGACCUGGGAAUGAUCCUUUCUGUCGGUUUCGCUGCCGAGAACCAGGAGAGUAUGGCUAAUCUUCGUCAAGAAGGUUUCAAUGCCAUGCGAGAAGACGAGUUCCUUGCUCUACUCGACAUGCUAUGCGACCCGAAUGGAAAGUACUCGACCAAUGUCAACCAACAGACGCAGGCUUCCUCAUUUGCUCAGAUUGCAGUUGGUCUUGAGGCGCCAGCUACUCUUCGCAUCAAGGGCAUUCCAGAACCUGCUUGGAUGACCGAUCCUCUGUUCAAGCAUCUAUACCAGAUCCGAGGCGAAGGUGAUCAUGAGGGUGAAGGCGACGGUGAAGGCUCAGCCACGUCAUGUUCCACGCUACUCCCAGCGGCAGCUUCGCUAGCUGACGCAGCCAAUAUUGUUAGCGCAGCUAUUGUUCAGAAGCUCUGCAAAGCUCUAUCUUCAAGCGAACGGGAUAUUGACGUAUCAAAGCCUCUUCACAGUUAUGGAGUUGAUUCCCUUGUUGCAGUCGAGUUGCGCGCCUGGUUCAUGAAGGAGGUUGGCUCUGAUGUUGCUGUGUUUGACAUUAUGAGCGGGCAAAGCUUGGAAGAGUUGGCUGAACUGGCGGCAAAGAGGAGUUCAUUCGCUAAUUUUGAUGACGAGAAAGAGACUGAAUGA